UAAUUCACAGGAGAGCAGCCAGGUGACUCGCCAGGCACCAUCCAUCCAUGCACCUCCAAUAAUUGUGACUAGGAAUUACAGCUCGCUAGCGAGACGAAUCUCAUUCACUGUAGUCGUCGUGUCAUCGAAGCCCAACGCCAACCUUCCAUCCAUUAUAUAACCCCAACCACUACCUUCCACUCCGUCUUCUGCAAUCCCUACUGCCCACCCAUCUCACAUCUCGUCGCAUCUCGCGGGGUUUCUGUCCCUAAUCCAGCACUUGUUCUCUCCCGUCUCAAUUUUAUCGCGCCAGCCAUCAUGGCUUUAGGGAAUCCUUUCUCCGCUCGCGCCAGCUGUCCUUCAUCCCUGGUAACCCUAUUCGUCCUCGUCGCCCUACUCGUUGUCGCGCAUCAAGCCUCGGCCGCCAAUCUCCCGCUGGACGGCUGUCAGUGCGGCAAGUUGCGGGGCCUGGAGCGAGCGCGAAUCAACGCCGUCAAUUUCCGGCGCUUCGAGCAGCUGGGGUCGUUCAGUGGCGCGUUCAACAGCCACGGCGGCCGCCUCGUGCCGCACCAGCACGGCUCGGGCUCCGUCAACCUCGAGGUCUACCAGGAGGUCGGCAAUUAUGUCGAGGUGGUGCGCGGCCGGCAGGGCGCCACGCUCGAGGGGUGCUGCGCGGCGUGCGCGGCGUCGCCCUUGUGCUUCCAGUACCACUGGUUCAACAGCGCGCAGCAGCGCCGCAAUGCCAACGUGCGCGGGUUCGUGGGCGGCGCGCAGUGCUACCUGCUGGGGGAGGACGGCGGGGCGGGCGUGGGGGGGCACUUCAAGACGCCGUACAGCGGCGAGCAGGACGAGCAGCGCAUCAUGGCGCCCUACUUCCCGCAGAGCUGGGUGGGCGGAAUCUGCAAUUCGUCCGCCAUCCCCGCUUCCCCCGCCUCGCUCCCCCACCCCACCCAAUCCGACCUCGCCACGCUGGACCCUGACAGCCAGCUCAGCAACACCUUCUGCCUACUCAGCGACCGUCGCAUCCACGUCAACAUCCGCCUCACCGGCUACCACCCUGACCGCCUGCCCGCCCUCCCCGCGGACCCCCUCUCCGCCGCCGCCUCCUCCCUCUCCCUCCGCGGCCAAUCCCCCCCCUCCACGGGCGCACAGCCCCGCGCGCGCGGUUCCCCCGGGCUGCGCGCGUGGAUCAAGGAGGUGGGCGUGGUGUGGGUGGGGCACGAGGGGCGCCCGCACACGCUGCGGCUAGUCGCGCGCGGGGGCAAGCAGCAGGCGCGUGGGCGCGAGGGCUUCCUGUCCCUAGUAGAGAUGGACGGGGUGCAGGUGGCGGUGCCCGUGCAGGUGGGCGCGGCGGCGGAGGGCGGCGGGGGGCUGGUGGUGGCGAAGGUGGCGGAGGAGAAGGAGGGCGCCAUGGACGUGGACCAGUACGCCGUGAUGAUCCAGGGGCUCGCCGAGCUCAACGUGCGCGUGAGGGUGGCGCACCCGCUGCUGCAGAGCGUGGGCGAGGCGGAGGCGCACUUCAUCCUCGAGUUCAUGGACCUGCAGCCCACCCCCGCGGUGCACGGCGUGCUCGGACAGACGUUCAGGGACACCCCCGAUGGGCGGCACAGGGAUCUGACGUACGCGCACCUGGCGGGGCUGCUGCACCGGCCAGAGCAAGGGGGCGAGGGGGCGGAUGGGUUCCUGGAAGGUUCUUCAGAGGAUUAUGUGACGUCAGCCAUCACCCGGCCUGACUGCGCCUUCUCCGCCUUCCCCUCCAUUCCCCUCCCUGCUUGAACCACUCCCCUCCAUCGCACUCCCCGCCUGAAGCCCACCCCUCCCGUUUUUGACACGGUGGCGUGCUGCUCUUCCUGCCAAACAAGUUUAGGCUCACCCACUCUCGCUGCCACUCUGCGCUGCGCAUGGGCCGAAUGCGCCACACAUGGCUCUGAAGGGGCGCCAUGUGGCUGUGGUCGCUGUAUGGCAGCCGAGACACCCAAUAAAGAGGACAAUAAGCCAAGCAGCAGCGCUGCAGCAGCUAGCUCGCUAGCGACUACAGGAUCAGCACCUUUCCCUGUGCUGUCAGUGUGAAAAUAUGUGUAUACACAAGCAUGUAAUGCCUUCCAUAAUUAAUGUAUUGUACUCAU